AUGCCACUUGAUAACAAACCCUACAAAUAUCUGAUAGUUUAUCCGUUCAAUGUGCUCACAAUUUGCAAAAUUCAACUGGUGAUUUUAUCGAUUUUAUCGUUUUAUGCCUAUGAAGUUGAGCGGAGGAGAACAGGUGGGCGUUUUUUUUACACGCGCCAAAAUUUAGGUCUCACCACGAUUUUUAAUUCUAAAUUGCCACGUUUCUUUCAAUUUUCAUUUUUAAAUUCAAAAAAUUUACCUUGAAAUUGUCGCAAAUCCUUUGAAAUCGAUUUCUUCUCGAAAUCCCUCAAUUCUCCAGGUUCCACGUGUUUUUCGAAUCUGAAAUCAGCAUUUCCAGGCAAAUUUCAGCGAUUCUGACUUACCCUAACUCGAAAUCAACUUCACAACCCAAAAUCAUCAUUCUCCAAGUUUUGUCCGGUCUGAAAAGUCACAUUUUAGCCUUGAAAACUUAAAAUUUCUGAAAAUCUCACCUUCAAAGCAUUUUCCCGCGUUUCUCGAAAAUCCCUAGAUUUUUGAGCAGAAAUCAUUGAUGUUCCAAGUUGCGGCAAGUCUGAAAUCACAAAAUUUAGCUUUUGAAAACCCUAAAACCAUGAAUUUACCUGACUUUUUACUCGAAACCGCCCGAAAAACGCGAAAAAAAUAAAAAAUAUUUAUUUACGGUAAACUGCGGGCAAGCGGAGUGUCGUUGUAAAAUUCGAUAUUUUUUUUUCAUUUUCCCCCCGAAAAACCUCAAUUUUAAAAUUUUCCAGGCUCCGGCUCGGUUCUCGUUGCGACUUUUGAUAUUUUGGCAAUUGGAACCAGCCUCAUAUCGCUAUGGUUUAUUGUGGAGAAAUUUUUCUGGCGAAAAUUGGAGACGGGUUUGGACGCGUUCGGCAUUUUCACAUCAAUCGCCUCGAUUUUCGCCAAUUUUGUGCUGACUUUUGAGCCGUUUUGCCUGGUGACAGUGAGUUUUUCUUCAAUUUCUGAAAAUUUUCCCUCCCAAAAAUCGCCAACAUUUUUCCAGUUCACCCACACUCUGACACUUGCCACGUGGAUUUUUGCCAUUUUCUGGACUUGGCGAGAAUGUUUCAACAAUGUCAGCAAUUUGUUCAUCGCCGAGUGGGGAAAUGGAACAGAAGAUGUGGAAAUUGAACAAUUGGAUCAGCAUUUUUGA